GUGUCCUCGGUCCAGGCCAUCAUGGCCUCCACGGCCGGUUACAUCAUCUCCAGCUCCUGCCACCACGUCAUGGACGACCAGCACUGGCUGGCGCGCGCCUACCCGCCCUUCGCGGUGCCCUACUUCGUGUACGACGUGUACGCCAUGUUCCUGUGCCACCGGCACCGGGGCCGCGUGAAGGGCCACGAGGCCGGGCCGCCGCCACCGCUGCGCGCCGCCGCCGCCGCCUACCUGCGCAAGGACCUGCUCAUGGUGCUGCACCACGCCGCCAUGGUGCUCGUCUGCUUCCCCGUGGCCACCCUGUGGCGCCAGGACAAGGGCGACUUCUUCCUGGGCUGCCUCCUCAUGGCCGAGCUGAGCACCCCCUUCGUGUGCCUGGGCAAGGUGCUCAUCCUGUACAAGCGGCAGCACACGGCCCUGCACAAGCUGAACGGCGCCGCGGCGCUCGUCACCUUCCUGGGCUGCCGGGUGUUGCUCUUCCCCUACCUGUACUGGGCCUACGGGCGGCACCGGGGGCUGCCGCUGCUGCGGGUGCCCCCCGCGCUGCCCCCCAGCGUCAACGCGGCCGCCGCCGCCCUCCUCGCGCCCCAGCUCUACUGGUUCGGGCUGCUGUGCCGCCGCGCCUGGCGCCUGUUGCGCCCGGGGGACACCGCGGGACACCCGGCGUCACCCGGAGACACCCGGUGAGCCCUGGUGACACCUGGAGACACCCGGAAACACCCGGUGAGCCCCCCAGCUCUACUGGUUCGGGCUGCUGUGCCGCCAGGCCUGGCGCCUGUUGCGCCCGGGGGACACCGCGGGACACCCGGCGUCACCCGGAGACACCCGGUGAGCCCCAGAGACACCCGGAGACACCC